UCCACGAGCAGGUGGAACGGCGCGAGCGAAACUAACCGGUGGAAUAACUGAUGGUUGGCGAGCGCGAAAAACCAUUUAGCAGUUUAUCACUGGGACUUUAUUACUUCAAAGUGAACUUCUGACUCGCAACACGUACUAACUGUAUAAAAACGGCACAAUUAAAGCUGCAACCAUACGGAACCGUGUGUGUCUAAUCACCACUCGACACAUGCAGCCUGACGUGUCCAGAUUUUUUUCACCUCUUAGAGUUCUGCUCCACUAAAUGGCCAUAGCCUAUUUGAAGACGACGAACAGCGCGAUUUUAAAAUGACAAUUGCAUCUCAGAAUUCACCGGUUGCACGCUCAAGGAAAGUCUCCAUUGCAAGGACGCGCUGGGGUCGUUGGUGAGAUAUUUUUUCCAAAUGUGACGCGCCAUAUUGGUGUCUGAAAUAUGCUGCAGAGUUCUGAUAGCUGACGAAGUUUCUGCGUGUUCUAGAGAAGAAGGAAUGGGUGAGCGUUUGUGGCCCGUUUCUCAACCCUAUCCCGUGGGGUUGCGAAGCAGUGCGUCCUGACAAGACAGACAGUGCAGACAACUUUUCCACUAUGGAUUCACAAAUACUCACAAACGCCGCAGGAGUAACGCCGUAUAUUGGACUGUUUUCUUCCCUUUGCAUAUCCUCUUACACCAAAUCAUUAGCUGGGGGGAGGUAGCUACUCAAACCACUACCAAGGAUACUUUUAAAGUAAUAUCUCCAUUCAAUUUGGCCGAUUCCCCCCUUUUUGGACUGACUAAAUCCCGUUGGCUCAUAUGGGAAUGAAACACUCUUCCCGUUGUCUACUCCUUCGGAGAAAAAUGGCGGAGUCCGACAACACAGAGCAGCAGCCUCUGAGCGCAGCCCCAUCGCAGUGUCAGCCGUCACCGCUGCCCAAGCCCGUCACGUCCAUCCAGUCUGUCCAUCACUUGCCCCGGCCCGCCCACACCCCGCACUCCACCACCCUUCCCAGCUGCCCCGGCCGUGGCAAGAUGUCCAAAUUCCUGGACCCGGAGGAUAUGACAUCGCGAGAUUACUACUUUGAUUCCUACGCUCACUUUGGAAUACAUGAGGAGAUGUUGAAGGAUGAGGUGCGAACUCUGACCUACAGGAACUCCAUGUACCACAACAAACACGUCUUCAAGGACAAGAUUGUGCUGGACGUGGGCAGCGGAACUGGCAUCCUGUCCAUGUUUGCUGCCAAAGCUGGUGCCAAGCAUGUGUACGGGAUCGAAUGCUCCAGUAUAUCAGAAUAUUCAGAGAAGAUCAUCAAAGCCAACCAUCUGGACAGUGUGAUCACUAUAUUCAAGGGGAAAGUGGAGGAGGCGGAGUUACCUGUGGAGCAGGUGGACAUCAUCAUCUCCGAGUGGAUGGGCUACUGCCUCUUCUAUGAGUCCAUGCUCAACACCGUCAUCUACGCCAGGGACAAGUGGCUGAAACCUGAUGGUCUGAUGUUUCCGGACAGAGCAGCACUGUACGUGGUCGCCAUUGAAGACCGGCAGUACAAAGACUUCAAAAUCCACUGGUGGGAGAACGUGUACGGGUUUGACAUGACGUGCAUCAGGAACGUGGCCAUAAAGGAACCUUUGGUGGACAUCGUGGACCCCAAGCAAGUGGUCACCAACUCCUGCCUUGUCAAGGAAGUGGACAUCUACACAGUGAAGCCAGAGGACCUGUCCUUCGCCUCCGCCUUCUGCCUGCAGGUCCAGCGCAACGACUACGUCCAUGCGCUCGUCACCUACUUCAACAUCGAGUUCACCAAGUGUCACAAGAAAACAGGCUUUUCUACAGCACCCGAUGCUCCGUACACACACUGGAAGCAGACAGUGUUUUACCUGGAGGAGUAUCUCACCGUGAAGAGAGGGGAGGAGAUCAAAGGCACCAUCGCCAUGAAGCCCAAUGACAAAAAUGUGCGCGAUCUGGACUUUUCCUUUGAACUGGAUUUCAAGGGCCAGUUGAGUGAGGCUGCUAUCGCUCAUGAUUACAAGAUGCGCUAAGCACGCCUGUCCAGCAGGGGGCACCAGAGCGCUGUGCAGCCACUCUUCCCCAGGGCCAAAGGCCACCCGUCCUGGUAACAGGCACCCCAGAAGAAGACAGCAGAGCGGCUGACGAGGCCAGUGGUGGAUGUCGAUGAGCAACAACAACAACACCAACAACAACAACAACGAUGAGACAGGACUGGUUGGGAUGUACAGAGCCAGCGCUCCACUGCUUCAGCCUGCUGUCUACACACACACACACACACACACACACACACACACACACACACACACACACACACACACACACACACACACACACACACACACACACACACACACACACACACA